AUGCCUCAAGUUUACAGUUACCAAGAAGUCGCCGAACACAACGGUCCAGAAAACUGCUGGAUCAUCAUCGAUGACAAAGUUUACGACGUUUCUCAAUUCAAAGACGAACAUCCAGGUGGUGACGAGAUUAUAAUGGAUUUGGGUGGUCAGGACGCUACAGAUAGUUUUGUUGAUAUUGGUCAUUCUGAUGAAGCUUUGAAACUACUGAAAACUUUAUACAUUGGUGACGUCGACAAAACCAGUGAGCCUGUUGUUGUAAAGAAGGCUGUUACCUCUGAAAGUCAAAGUCAAGGUAGCGCUACAUUGGUCAUGAUUUUGGCCGUUGUAAUGCUAGGUGUUGCUUAUUAUUUGUUGAACGAAUAA